AUGUGGCCAUGUCCCCCGCUCUGCUGCCUACCUCCUUUGCUCUUUCUCUGCCUGCUCUUCUUACCCUCGGGGCACCUCUGCCCCUCCGCCUGUAGCUGCAUGGACUACCACACCAUCGACUGCCGGGACCAAGGGCUUCCCCGAGUCCCCAGCCCGUUCCCGCUGGACGUGCGGAAACUUCUCAUCGCCAACAACAACAUCCAGGAGAUCCCGGGAGACUUCUUCAUCUUCUACAGCGACCUGGUCUACCUGGACUUCAGGAACAACUCCAUCGCCACCCUGGAGGACGGCACCUUCAGCAGCUCCAGCAAGCUGGUCUACUUGGAUUUGAGCUACAACAACUUGACACAGCUGGAUGCCGGCAUCUUCAAGUCGGCGGAGAAGUUGAUCAAGCUGAGCCUGGGGAACAAUAACCUGGCCGAGGUGGACGAGGCUGCUUUUGAGAGCCUGAAGCAGCUCCAGGUCUUGGAGCUGAACGACAACAACUUGCAGACGUUGAAUGUGGCCACUUUUGAAGCGUUGCCCAACCUCCGGACCAUCCGCUUGGAGGGCAACCCUUGGCUUUGCGAUUGUGACUUUGCCAGUCUCUUCAGCUGGCUGGAGGCUAAUGCGCCCAAGCUCCAGAAAGGUCUCGAUGAAAUCCAGUGUACUGUCCCUGUGGAAGACAUCACCGUCUUUCUUAGUGAAUUAUCAGAAGCCAGUUUCAGGGACUGCAAAUUUAGUUUGUCACUCACAGACCUUAUAAUCAUAAUCUUCUCUGGCGUCGCCGUCUCCAUCGCUGCUAUCGUGUCAAGCUUCGUUUUGGCUCUGAUUGUGAACUGCUUCCAAAGAUGUGCACCCAGUAAGGACGAUGAUGAAGACGAAGAUGAUGAUGACUGA